CCUGACACGCUUUUUCUCUGUAGACCCUGGACCCUCGCGGCGGCACCACGCAACCAUCGACGCCCCCUUCGCCGCUGGCACAAGCCAAGGCUCCUGAAUCCCGGUGCCCGGCGCAGACGAUUGUUCGUCGAAAUGGAUCUACGAGCCCGCCCCGUCCCAGUCGAGCCCAGCCCCCAUCGCAGGACGACGCCCUGUGGCUUGCCGCGCGUACGACAUGAUUGGCGAACCAUCACGACCGCCCCCCCUCCGUGCAUUCGUCACCGAAGAUGGGGGCGGAGUCCUGCUGAUCGCCAGUCUGGGGCUGAACCUGAGGUGGGCGACGAUGAGACUGUCGGGAUGAUAGAGACCCUGGCUGUUUGCCUUGCGGGCGCCUGGCCUGUCUCGCAUCGCCCACUUGCUGCCUUGAGCCGCCACACUGCGCGUCCCAAGGACCAAAGAAGUUUGGAACGCCAUGCAUGUAGGUCUCGACCCGGUAGUAUAUGGGCACGAGCGAGAUGGGAUGGGGUGCCGCCGCGGUCAUGGUACAAAAGGACGACGACGCGGAGGCACCCGCCCUCCGCCCGGCUGCAUCAUCAUCAUCCUCAUAGCACUGAGGUUUUCUCGCCGAGGUGCGUCUCUCGCUCUUGAACAGUCAUUCCCAAAUCAGCACAGACACACAAAGGCUUGUGCAACAACCGCGCCCGCCUCCCGUUGAGGGCCAGCGCAAGUCUGCACCAUGGCCUUACCAGGCGUGCUUCGCAUGUUGCCAGGCAUCGUGUUCGACCCUCGCGAGCCGGUGCCACCUCGCUUUGCCCAUCUUGUUGAGAACCGCGACGACGACCCUGGCAUCUUUGGCCGUUGGAAUCGCGACCGGAACCCAUGGGGGGGACUAGGUGACGGUGGAGCCGGCGGUGGCGGCGGCGGCGAUGGUGGUGGUUUCGUCAACUUCGCUCGGGUCGGCCCGCACCACCACCACCAUGGCGGCAAUGGUCGAUACGGCCGGCCUCACAACCCUGAUCCAUGGGCGCCAGACGCACACUUCAGGCCCCAAGAUCCAGGCUAUGAGCGACCCCAACAGCAGCAACGGGGCUUUCUCCCGCCUUUGUCCUCGUCGAUCAAGGUCCAAGUCGUCCACGAUACCGCAAAAUUCACCGUCACGCACGUCUUCUGGAAUCGCGCCGAGAAUAUCAAGCAAGGGACGUACCAAUUUCCCUUGCCUCUCGACGCGACCGUUACCGAUUUCAACUGUCGCAUCGGCGUGAACAGAAUCAUUCAUGGCAAGGUCAAGGGCAAGGAGGAAGCGCGCCGCGAGUUUGACAAUGCCGUCCGCCAGGGCCGCACCGGCGGCCUAGUUGAGCAGCAGACGGCCGAGAUUUUCACCAUCAACCUCGCCAACAUCGACGCCAACACCAAGAUGCGCGCCGAGCUGUCCUUUAUGUGCCUUCUCAAGCACAGGUCGUCGAAUAACCGCGACGUCUUCACCCUCACGGUGCCGACCUUCAUCGCCCCGCGAUACGGUGACGUGCCCUUCGGCGUCGCGGUGGAGGAUGAGUAUAAUCACUAUUUGAGCUUCGAGGCGGACAUCCUGACUGCCGACGAGCUUGUCACUGUCAACAGCGACACCCAUGUCAUUCGUUUCGAGAGGGCCGCCGGCCAGCGCGCCUGCCAGACCUGGGACGAUUUUGUCAUGCGACGCGACGACGCAGAAAUGAACCAAAGGACGGGCAGGGUUCAGCUCGAGGAUGGCCGCACCAGUCUCGACAAAGACCUAGUCAUCACCAUCACCACCGCUCAGUCUGACAACAAGGAGACGCCGCUCGCAUGUGUCGAGGUUCACCCCGACCUGGACAAUCACAAGGCGGUGAUGCUUACCCUCCCUCCAGAGUAUCUUCUCUCGGGUGAAGGCUUUGCCCACGACGGUGAGAUCAUCUUCGUCGCCGACCGUUCGGGCUCUAUGACGGACAAAAUUGAGAGCCUCAAAUCGGCCAUGCUUUUCUUUAUCAAUGGCAUUCCUGAGAAUCGCCCGUUUAAUAUCUGGUGCUUCGGCAGCGAAUGCGAAUACAUGUGGCCGCGCUCCAAGGGGCUGACUGAGCAGACCCGGCGGGACGCCAUUGACUACGUCCAACGCUACUUUGCCGCUAACAUGGGCGGCACCGAUAUUCUUCCCGCCUUGAAGAAGAUAUACGAGGCUAGGGGCGGCUACCACACCCUCGACAUCGUCGUGCUGACCGACGGCGCCAUCUGGGGCCCGCAGGAGACCAUCGACUAUGUCAAGGAGAGACGUCUCGUUAGUGAGGGCCUGUUCCGCUGCUUCUCCCUGGGCAUCGGGCGCGCGGUAUCUCACGAGCUGGUCGAGGGCCUCGCAAAGGCAGGCGGUGGCUACGCCGAGGUCAUCACCAACGUCUACGGCGGUGGCUGGGAAGAUCGGGUCGUCGCUGUCCUAAGAUCCGCCCUGACGGGCCACGUGGGAACUGUCGACAUGCAGCUCAAGUGGCACGGAGAUGAUGGCCAAGAGCUCGUCCAGCCUCCCGUAUCAUUCAAGCAGUCCCCCGCCGACGUCUCAGCCAUCAGUCCCUUUGUUCGCAACCGCGUCUUCUUACUUUUUGACUCUGGCGCGCAACUCGCGCAGCUUACAGCGGUGGAACUCAACAUCAGAGUACCCGGCAGGAACGUCACUACCAAACGAGUUCUGCCGAAGCGCCUCCUACAACCAGACGCCACCCUGCACAAACUAGCCGUCCGGGCCCUGCUAGGCGACUUGGAGCGAGGCGAGAGCUGGCUGCAUCGUCGCUGGGGCCGUGUCGACGAUGCCGUCGUCCGGCAGGAGGCCAUCGACUUGGGCAUGAAGUGGUCGCUCGUCUCCAAGUGGACGAGCCUGUACGCGGUCGAGGAGGAGACUACAGAGCCACUGGAUAUUGUAAUCCCUGCCCUCGUACCAUCUGAUGAUAGCGAUAACGACGACGAUGCGCUCUUGCGGGCUCGCGGCACGGCCAACCAGAACGUUGGCCUGCUGGGUCCAGGUGCCAAUGCCGACCGCGCCGGGACUGAGAGCGCAUCGGAGAGCGAGGAGGACGACGUCCAGUCCCUCCCUGAUGAUGGGUCGGACAGUGGGUCGGACGACGGAGACCAUGGGCCGGGUGGUGGGGCCGGUGCCGCCGGACAGCACGGCUCCGGUUCCGGCGCAGGUGGGGCCGAUGGUGGACCGGAUGGCGGCCCCAACACGGCUCCUGGCGAUGCUUCUGGCGAUGCCUCUGGUGAUGGCCCUCGUGGUGCUCCUGGAGAUGCUCCUGGCGACGCUGCUGACGGCGGCGCUGAUGAUGCCGCUGCCUCAGGUCACGGCGGAGGAGCCAAUGAUUCCGGCAGCCGACCCAUCGACGCCAGUGACGAUGAUUGGGACUCGGCAUCUACGUCCCGGACGGGCUCACAAAAUCGCCCGAGUUCCUUCACGUAUCGGCGACAAGCGAGGCGGGGCGCAGGGCUCGUCCAACACCUGGGCGCCAGAUCCCGAUCCAGGACCCGGUCGAGAUCGCGAACCCGCCACCGAAGCCACUCAGGCGCCCGCUCUGCUGGCCUCGCCGCCGCCGUCGUUGCCGCCGCCGCCGCCGCAUUUCCUUCUGAUGCAGCUACGCACCGCGUACGUAGUAGCUCAUUGAGGACCAGGAGCCGCGGCUCGGAGAGGGUGGGCCGAACUUCCGCACCAGGUACCGCUGGGCCUGUAGACUGGUGCGAUGACCUCUCCAGCAGUGGGUCUGCCGAUGGCAUAGAUAUGAACGCCAUUUCUGGCUCAGCCUCUUUCGAUGGUAAUCCGUUCACACCCGCAGAACAGGCUCCCGAUGCGUGGGAGUCGACAGCGAGCAAGGAGAGGCCGCUCCCCGAAAGCUCGAGCCCCUAUCCGUGGACCUCCACGCCGGCCCCGGCUAGGUCGCACCGGUUUGUUUCGGGCGGCACCGCCACCUCAAGUAGCAGCGACUGGCGCUUCAAGAAGAAGUCGGGUUUUGUCAAGGGAUUGACAAUGAGCGGCAGCACCGGAAGCACGACUGUACCUGAAAUUGCCAAUGCCAUGAGGGCAUUUGAUCAGAGCAUGCCGGCAACUAAUUUAUACGCACCCGCCAUCCCCGUUGCGACGCGGCCCGCAGUUGGCCACGGCAGCAUGGUCAGCGCACCCCCGCUGGGACCCCCGCCGGGGGCGACUCGCUCUGGGUCGCCGGAGGACGAGACAUCGGAACGCGCUCGCCAGAGAGAGCUGCGACGGAUUCGCGAAGCAACGACGGGGAGACUGUUUACCGGCAUGCGCAGCGAGGCUCACGUGGCGUCGACUGGCGCUGCUCUGUCGCGCCCCCGAGACCGUGACAGCGACAAGGGGCGCGAAGCGAGGAGACUGGAAUCGCGCGGUGAUUCUCCCUCUGCGCUGCCGGAGGAGUCAUCGGCGCGCCCUCGCGAAAGCGAAAAGGAGCGCGAGGCGAGGACAGGGAGCCUGCUGGACACGUUGCGCAGCGAGGCUCCUGAGACGGCGACCUCCGAGGCGUCGGCGCGCGCCCGCGAAACAGCGAGCGUGCUUGCCGGCAUAGGCAGAAGCGAGACUCGCUCAGCAUAUGCUGACGAGUCAGCCUUUCCCUCCGCCGAUGAGGAUUAUGUGAUGGGAGUGGACCCCCCAAGCGAGGCUCGCCCAGCAGUGCCUGAUGAGUCUUCGUCGCCUGCCCGCGGAAGGGAGGAGGCGGAGGGGACUCACGGAACAGCGAGACCCUUCAGGUCGGGACCAUCCGGCAGCAGCAGCAGCACUACGCCUGCCAGCCCCGCUUCGUCUUUUCUUAGCAGUUGGCGUGGGCGUGCAAGAGGGACGCGCGGCGCAUCGCCGCCGCCGGCUCAGUCGCCCAACCCGGGGGCGACUCCGCCUGCUGGCGUGGCAGAGAUGCCCUCGACGCUAUUCGCACCUCCUACGACGAGCGCCGCUAGGAGGUUCCGCGCUGGUCCGCGGAGAGGGCCUCUUACCUCGCCUUUGGCGAGAACGUCGAUGCCCCCGAGUGCUUAUGGAAACCCGGCAUCGCCCCAGCCGUCCGUCACACAGCCAGGGCUUGACGACUCGAGGUACUACGCAUACGGGACCAUGACGCCCAAUAGCGCGUCUCUGACGAGUGAAUUGGGCAUGGGUGCGCCCCCUCUGCAGUCAAGUUACCAGCAAUCGAGUUACGCGCAGGCCUCGGCGCCCGUGUACAACCCGCCGGCGUCGACAUUCUUCAUGGACAGCGAACGAUCGGCGCCCAAGACGCAGGAAGAGCUGGCGGCGGAGCGCUUCGUGGGAGAGAUACUUCGGUUCCAACGGUCGGACGGGAGCUUCCACUUCCGGGACGACGAGGAGCUCAAGCGUAGCCUAGGGCCAUCGUUCUUCGGGGUGGUGACGGCGCUCCUGCAGUACCUGGCCCGGGACAAGUGCCCGGAGCCGACCAAGCGGCUGUUGGCGGUGGCGGCGGGGGUCGUGGCGCUCCUCGAGGAGCAGUUCGUGGCGUGCCGUGCGCUGUGGGUGCUGAUGGUGGGUAAGGCGAGCGAAUACGUGACAAGGAACGCGCCGCACGCGCGUUCAGGCGGACAGCUCAUGGAGGAGGCGAGGCGCAACGUUAAGAGCAUGAGCCGGGUUAUGGGCGAGGUGGGAGACGUGCAGAUGCGGGCCGAGAACGUGAGCGUGUUGACGAGCGCGCCGAUUGCAUUUUAGUGAGAUGCGUCGUCCUUUGUUUCUUGCAUGCGGUGCUUUUUUCUCUUUUCUUUUCUGUGUCUUUUUUGUUUUGGUUGUGUACGUAUGCGCGCUCACGCGUACGUGUGUGUGUGUGUUUGAACGGCCGCCUACGUUAGGAUGGGACUGCAUGUAGUUUUUUUGUUUCAAUGUGAUUUUUGAAUUUUAUCUUAUUCACGACAGACUGACUGAUCAUACGUACGUACAUAGUACUGCAGCGAAUAGACUGCGCGUUUUUAAACUCGUCGUCAAAGACUCGAGGCAUGGAUGGACGCAUGCCCGGAUCCCGCAUCACGGGGACGGGA